AUGUGCUUUUGUUAUACUGACAAUAGCAACAUAACUAUACAAUCAGUUAUAAUUGAUUUAAUAAAACAGAAAGAUUCCAGAUACGAUGAAAAGACUUAUAACAACAAUAAAACCAGCGGCAGUAACACCAGCACCAUUAAUUAUGCACCGAGUCUAAUUAUUGUUCUUGGUGACAAAUCACGUCAAUUUAUUGAAACUGAAUUAAAAAAACUAUUAACAAAACGGGCUGAAUCUUCUUCUGACGAUGACCAUCUGUUAACUAUUAAUGAUAUACGACGUUUAGAUAAGGAUAUUAAAAUCUUGUUUUUAAAUAAAUUACAAUACCUUUUCAUGUAUUUGACUUACCUUGAAGUCGAUAGCGAUCUAAAUUCAAAUAAGUUCCAAUACAACAAUAUAAUAAUUUUUGGACUAGAUGAACAAAUGUCGAAAGUCCAAAACGCUAGUGGUAAGAUUGAAAUGAUUAAACUAUACCAAUUAAUAUUAAACAGUUUUUAUUCAUUGAAACAUAAAUUUGAUACUAUAAAUAAAUUGUUGAUAGUAUCAUAUAAUAACAACACGAAGGAAGAAAACGGUAGCGACGUUGAUGAUAAUGACUACAUAAGUUUUAAAAACAUUGAAUUACAAAUCAAUAAUUAUUGCAAAUAUAUUAAUGGACAAUAA